CCUCAACGAGAAAAUACAGUAGAGAUUAAGGCAACAAGUGCAGUACUUUAUUACAGCUUAUCCAGUGAUUAUACAACCUUCUUCCAAAUCUCUCCUGACACCAUCCACUGACACAAUCACAUACAUAUUACACACACAUUAUCUCUCUCCCUCUCUCAUCUCUCCCAUAUCUCUCUCUACUACUUGUAUAAUCUCUCUCUCUCACACAUAUCUCUCUCUUGUCUUUUAUAUCUCUCCGGCUAAACUCCAACCCCCAGAAAAAGCCCCUUUGACUUUUUUCUCACCACCCCAUAUCAUUUUUAUUCCCAAUCAUCAUCUCCCACCACCACUACACAUUCAUACACACACAGAGUUCUGUAUUUUCCAGCCAGGUAAUAUAUACACAAAUAUUGAUACAUAGAUAUUGAGAAAUCUAUAUUUACCAAGCCCAUCUGUCUACUCACUGGAUCUGCCCUGAUCAGCUCCCUCCUUCAUUCUCCGGCGAGGCCUUGUUUUCCGGCAAGGUGGUCUGUCUCUUUACUGGCUACUUGAGCUGGCUCUCUGCUUCAAGUUGGGUUGUUUGCAUUGCAGCUGCUAAGAGUUCAGAUUCUACAAGAACAUGCAAAUAAUGAAUCCUGCUCAACCUGAGUCGACAAUAAAUGAUCAGAACGGGAUAUCCAGUCAUCCAAAUGGCUAUGAGAAAACAGCUCCUGUUUCAGCAGAGCUCAAAACUGAAAAUGGCUACAGAAAGUCCCCAGAACAUGAUGUACAUGCGGAUGAUUUCACCGAAUAUAGUAAAGAAGUCUCCAAAGAUUCAGUUGCUGCUAGUGGGGUGCAUGCAGAAAAUCUUCUUGCCGACUCAGUUAUAUAUACUGAUAAAAACAUUUUGGAAUCUGACCUGCCAGAGUUGAUCGUCUGCUACCAAGAUAGCACUUUUCAUGAUGUCAAGGAUAUAUGUGUGGAUGAGGGGAUGCCUGCUGAGGACAAGUGCCUGACAGAUAAUCUUGUGAGUGGAAAUAGCACCUUGCCUUCAAAAAAUUUCAGGCAUACUGAUUUAACUGAAGAAGCUGAUACUGAUAUAUCGUAUGAAGAAGACUUUAAAUCUUCGCCGUAUAAAGAUUUCAGAGAGAAUGAUUCUGCUGAGGGUGUGGAUAAAGGUGAGGAUAAUUUGGACAAGGAUACUGCUUAUAAUGGUGAUUCUUUUCAACAAAAAUCUUCUCCAGAAUCUAACAAAGAUCAGAAUUCUGCGAGCUUCCUUAUGAGUCAGAUUCAGACAGAUAAAGAAGAGUUCACCGCAGUUGAUAAGACAGAUGAAAUUGCUUGUAAUACUCCUACAAGUCCGAUUCAGACAGGUGAAUUAGAGUGCAAUGCAAUUGACAAGACAACUGAAAUUGUUCGUGAUAGCACGCUUUCAAGUGAAGACCUUUGCGGUGAAACCUCACUUGAAUCUCUGCUCAAAUCUGCAAAGGGUGGUGAAGAUAAGAGCAGCCAACAGUCUGAUGAGAUAUCAGGUGCACAUGAGAGUCCUGUAAGGACAGAAGCAUCAAACAGAAACAGUUUGGAUGAUCUACUUGACAGCGGGGUUAUCUCUUUUAAUGUUGAAUCUUCGAAACUUUCCCCCAUUACCAUAGAUGAGAUUGACAAAACUGCCAUUGCACAACAGCUCAAGUCAGAGAAAAAGCUUAUUAAUGAUGAUGGGAUUUCUGAUAGUCGUCUUGUCAUCAAUGACAAAAUUAAACGUGACCAAGGAGAGUCUAGUUUCUCUGUUGCAGGGCCCCUAGCAGAUGCAGUUCCUUAUUCGGGGCACGUACCAUUCUCUGGCAGCAUUUCUCUUCGAUCUGAUAGCAGCACAACCAGCACUAGAUCCUUUGCCUUCCCUGUAUUACCAAAUGAAUGGAAUAGCAGUCCCGUAAGAAUGGCGAAAGCUGAUCGAAGAAAUUAUAGGAGGCAGAGAGGAUGCUUUUCCAGACUUCUUUGCUGUAGAUUCUAAAUGCCCCUAAUUUAUUCGUAGCUUCUUAGUUCAGCUAUAUACAAGUCACCAAGUACCCGUAAAUAUAUACCUCAAUGAUCUCUCUUGGUUUGAGUUGAUACCUAUAGUAGGUUCACAAGACUAUUAAAAGUUGUGAGUUGUGAUCCUAAGCUUAUCUAGAACUUAGUUUUGCAUCUUCUUAUUUUACAUUGGUUUGGGUUUUA